AUGCUUCGUGCAUUACAGGAGACAGUUGAAUUUGAAACAUCGCUCACAACCCGCUUGGAGAAGGCGGAGAGGAGACUAGAGGAGUUCGAAGGGCGAAAUGCCCAUGAAGAAAUGGAAGAGGGACCGGUACCUCAGGAGCGGGAAUUUAAUGAAGGGGAGGCAGUAGUCCCCCCUGGAGCAGAGGCCUUUCUGCCUGAUGAUGAUGAAGAAAAGCCAAUGGAGAUGAGUAGCAUUCAAGAUCAAGGACGAUCAAAAUUCCGAUUCUUGCCACGCAGAAAUUUAGGAUUAUUUACAUUAACGGAAAUCUUACCACACUAUUAUCACUUGGAACCAGAAGAUUUGUUUGACUUCAAGUCCAUUUCUUGUAGUCCUUUUCAUCAUUUGGUAAAAGAGGCUCACACUGCACUAUAUUACUAUCAGUUUGACAGUCACAAUUCACUUCUUUAA